AUGGUGACCUCGCUGGCAGAGCACAGGGACUGGUUCCACUCACGGAAUGUCCUUAGUGACAAAUACUCCACCAAUGCUCCACGCACCCUGAUCUGGACUCAUUUCACCCUCUGCACAGGAUUUCCCAUUCCCAAACCUGAGCUGAUCGCCCGGCUGGAACGAGGGGAAGAGCCGUGGGUGCCGGAUCUCCAGGCCUGCGAGGAAAGAAGGCUUCUGAGAUGCAACCGCACAGGUGCUGAGCGAGGGAGUGAGAAUGAGGAGGGGAAUCAUCAUAAGGAAGUUCCCGGGGAAGUGGAACCACAGUGGACCUUUGUGGGAAGAGCUGAAGGGAAUUUUUCCCAGUGCUUGGGGCAGGCAGAAGCCUGGGGAAAUUGGCACAGGUCAGAGAGGCUUCUGGGAAACCACCCAAGGAAGAAAGUGGAUGAAUCUAUUAAUGGUGGAGGAGGAGACCAAGACCCCAGAGCGCAGCAGACAAAUUCCAAGGAAGAUACACCCUGUCACUGCCUGCAGUCUGGGAAAGGAUUCAUUGUGAGAUCACAGCUUGUGACACAUCAGACAAUCCAUACUGGAAAGAAACGCUUUAAAUGCUUGGACCGUGGGAAAAGCUUCAAUAAGCACUCAGAUCUUAAUAACCAUGGGAGAAGCCACACUGGAGAGAAGCCCAUUCAAUGCCUUGAGUGCAGGAAAUGUUUCAGGUCAAAAUCAGCACUAAAUUCACAUGAGAAAAGCCACACAGGAGAGAGACCCCAUAAGUGCUUAGACUGCGGGAAAAGUUUGAAGCGGAAGUCAGACCUUGUUAAACAUCAGUCAAUCCACACAGGAGAGAGAUCCCAUAAGUGCUUAGACUGUGGAAAAAGUUUCAGGCGGAAGUCAGACCUUGUGAAACAUCAGGCAAUCCACACAGGAGAGAGAUCCCAUAAGUGCUUGGACUGUGGGAAAAGUUUCACUUGGAGAUCAUCCCUUGUUAAUCAUCAGGCAAUCCACACAGGAGAGAGACCCCAUAAGUGCUUGGAUUGUGGGAAAAGUUUCACAUGGAGAACAGGCCUUGUUAAACAUCAGGAAAUCCACACAAGAGAGAGACCCCAUAAGUGCUUGGACUGUGGGAAAAGUUUCACACGGAGGUCAAACCUUGUUAAACAUCAGGUAAUCCACAGAGGAGAGAGACCCCAUAAGUGCUUGGACUGUGGGAAAAGUUUCAUAAAGAGGUCACACCUUGUUAAACAUCAGGCAAUCCACACAGGAGAAAGACCCCACAAGUGCUUGGACUGUGGGAAAAGUUUCAUACAGAGGUCACACCUUGUUAAACAUCAGGCAAUCCAUACAGGAGAAAGACCGCACAAGUGCUUGGACUGUGGGAAAAGUUUCAUACGGAGGUCAAAACUUGCUAAACAUCAGGCAAUCCAUACAGGAGAGAGACCCCACAAGUGCUUGGACUGUGGGAAAGGUUUCAUACAGAGGUCAGACCUUGUUAAUCAUCAGGCAAUCCAUACAGGAGAGAGACCCCACAAGUGCUUCGAGUGUGGGAAAGGUUUCAUACGGAGGUCAGACCUCAUGAAACAUGGAAGAAGCCACACAAGAUGUAAACCUCUGUGACACAUGGCGAGAAAGUGUUAAGCAACUUGCGUGUAAUUGACUCAGAUUCAACCUUUAGACAGAUAUUUUAAAAGUGUCCCCACCUUAGAUAAUCUAGAGUUUGAAAUGUAAAUGUGUAUUGUUAAAGACUUGGAAGAAGAGGGGUAACUGUAGUGGUCUAUGUUUAGCUGUAUCUUGUUAGAGGUUAACAAUUUAUCCCAAAGGUUCCUGUAUUCUGUUAAUUCAAGGAUCAAUAAUUCAGAGAUUAUACCCGUUUCCCAUGCCACCUGCCCCAUUCUAGCUCAGUCUCAUUGAAAUCACUGGGGGUAGGGCCU